AUUCCGUACUAUUUUGCUCACUGCGUCAAUCAUUCCUGACACCCCUUUGCCUCUAGCCUUUCCACCUCCUUGAACCUAGAGCAGAAGUGACCCUGGUGUCGUUUUCUCAGCCCUUUUUUAAGUAUUGUUUUGGUUCACUUUCUGUUAGCGUGCAAAAUUUGUUAGAAUCAUAGCGCCAUGACGUUUCACAGGAACUUUCGCUCCUCGCCUUGGCUUCGUCCAUGUUGCGUCGUCGGCUGCUUGUGGGUGCUAGUGGCUUGGAUUCCGGUCAUUCAAGCUUCUCCCAUUGACCCCGCUGGAUCUGGGACCGGUGGAUUUGCGGAGGAAGUUAAGAAAGCAUCCAGUGCAAUAAAGAGUUCCGUCCAAAAUCUGGCCGGCUACGGAACCCUGGCUGGACAACAAGGCUUUCUCGCUCGCGUACUCAUCAGCAGGGAAGAGGCGAAACUGCUAUAUAAGACUGUAGAGCAGACUGUGCAUUUUGAAGAUCUUCUACUAAUUGUGCUGAUCGGUUGGACGACGGUUCCGGUCUUGAAGAUUCCGUACGAAAAACUUAUGAUGCAACGUCCUUUUGGGGACACGGCUUUGUUCGUCUUGGCUGAUCAUUUACAGCAGAUUGCCAAGAUUGCAACGUUGGUGUAUCUCACUGACAUUUUGCAGCUUUACUGUGUUGGUCUCGGGUUUGACUUUUGUAAAAUGGGUAACGUCCCACAUGCAUUCGCACAAGCGGCCUACACCGUGUGGGGCGCACAGCGCCUUGCUGCCAUCAAAAAGUAUCUGCUCCGACGUUACGUUUCACACCAUCCGGAAACGUACGGCCGCAUGCAAAUUUUCAACCGUCUUUUGGAUGCCGCCAUCUACGCCGCCGGCAUUCUUGCAACACUCAACUUAUUCAAGGUUGAAAUGGGUGUCGCUAUGCAUUCCUUCCUGGCCUUUGGAAGUGUUGGUACAUUGGCGGUAGGUCUGGCUAGUCAGGGUAUCACUACACAGAUUUUGAAUGGUCUCAUGUUGGCAUCAUCUGAUCGAAUUUACGAAGGCGACAGUGUCAAGUUUGGCAACGGACAGUCGGGAACUAUUGUGAAACUGGGGUGGUUGGAGACAGUACUGCGCGGAUCGGAUGAAGUUAUGGUUAGCAUUCCAAAUACUGAUCUUCUCAAACAACAAGUAAGCAAUCUUUCGCGCAUACGCUAUUGUCAAGUCAAGCAAACCCUCAAGAUUAAGUACAAAGACGCCGAGAAAGUCCCAGGACUUUUAGACAUGAUCAAGCAAGAGAUUCGUGCAGCAUGUCCAUUUUUGAUUACGGAUGGCACGCGUCCUUUUCGCGCUUACUGGACUGAUUUUACUCCAGAGUCAGCUUUGGAAAUUAUGGUGGACGCGCAUUUCUAUCUCAAACCGAUUGGGGAUGAGUACUUUAGCAAUCGAAUGCAAGUGCUGCAGGCUAUUGAUCGUGCCGUGAGAAACCAGGGCGUGACACUGGUGGAGAUCUAGAACCCUCAAAUCAUUAAAGAGUAU